AUGUUGAAUCCGAAUUCGGUUGAAUCAAGUGAUCAAGAAGUGAUGAAACAUAUGUGUAGGUUGUGCAACAAGAGUUUCCCUUGUGGUAGAUCUUUGGGAGGUCACAUGAGGUCUCACUUGAUCAACUCAAGUGAUCACCAUGAUCAGAAGAUGAAGAUUGCUUCUGUUAACAAUAAAGGUGACAACUUGGUUGAUAGCAACAACACAGAAGUCAUCAAUGGCUAUUCGAAUCCGAAUGAAUUGGGAUAUGAACUUAGAAAAGAUCCGAAAAAGACUCUCAAAGCAGUUAUCAAUGGGUGUUCGGGUUCAAAUGAUUUUGUUGUUCUUGAUAAAAUUUGCAAAGAAUGUGGAAAAGGUUUUCAAUCUUGGAAAGCUUUAUUUGGACAUAUGAAAUGUCACUCUGAUAAAAUCUUAAACAACAAAGUUGCAAUUUCGAAUCAAGAUUCUAGGAUUAGUCAAUUUGUCAAUGAGAAUCCAGGGGUGAAAAUCCGUCAGACGAAGAAAUCAAGAUCAAAAAAUGGAGCAAGUAAAAAGUCUAUAAUCACUUGUGCUGCAACUUUUACUGAUCACACCACUCCCACAGUGACAACAGCUUCAUCUUCGGUUUCCAUGAGUGCUAACUAUGCUUCAACAAGUGUUGUUUCGGAUAUUGAUCAAGAUCAAGAAGCAGAGAUUGCUAUGUGUUUGAUCAUGCUUUCUAGAGAUAGUGGAAAAUGGGAUAAAAAGCUACUAAAAAGUAGUAGUUGUGGAAUGAAAAAAGUUGCAAAAACUGAAGUUGGUUUCGAUUCUCAAGGAACAUCAGGAAAAUGUAUAAUCAAUGAAGACCAAAUAGAUGAUCAAAUGAAGAGAAAGUUUGAUUGUAUGACUUGCAACAAGAGUUUUCAUUCUUACCAAGCACUUGGUGGCCACAAAGCAAGUCACAAGAAGUUAAAGGGAUGCUUAGAUUCUAAAAAUGACGAUGAAAAUAUGAAUAAACGCGAACCAGUGUUAGAGCAGGCCCAUAUGAUUAAUGGGUAUCGCGAAGAAACAUCUGAAAAUCAUCAAACACCAUCAAGUUUCAACCUUGGUAGUUCUAUCAAGAACACAUUAGUGUUAGGAGCUCAUGAGUGUUCAAUUUGCUCGAGAGUUUUCUCAUCAGGACAAGCUUUAGGAGGUCACAAGAAAUCACAUUUGAUAGCUGAGGCUAAACUGAAUCAACACAACCAAAAUUUAAUCGAAAAGUUUGAUAAGCCCGUUCAUGAGAUUCGUGGUUUUCUUGAUCUAAACAUGCCACCUGAUGAUCACGUAGACGAAGAAGAGGCAAUGAUGAUGAACACAAGUACCACAGGGACAGGGUUUAAUCCAUGGUACUAUAAACAUGAAUCAACACUACUUGGGUUGCUUUCAACAAGCUAGUUUGAUCAUACCUGAAAAGUACACAAUUCAUUGAUUCUUUACAUAUUUGAUGUCAUUUUCUGCCUUACCAACAUUUUAAAGUAGGCAAUACACAAUUUGUCACAGGUUUUUUAUUUUUAUUUUGUGUAACAUAAAUUGUUUCAUUUUCUCAUUCUA